AUGAAUGUCUCAAGGAAGCCUUACAAAAAUGAAAAAAUUAUUUUCCUAUGGCUUAAAAAUGUUUUUAUACUAACGCUGUGUUUUUGGACAUGGCAAUAUUACAAGAAUUCCACCUGUGAUAAACACUUUGGCAGGGAAGGAAGUGUAGAGGGGGCAACAGACCCCAGCAAUAGUAGAAUAUUAAAAUCAGUUGACCAAAUCCAUGGCACACCAUUUGUAGGAUUAAAGGAAUGGACAAAAGAUGAAAAUAGCAAUUUCGAUUUAGGGCAUAAAUCAGUGCCUGCUGAUAAUUCUAAAUUGGAAGGUAAGAAAGGGAAAUGUGAGAACACAGAAUUAGAAAUAAAAAUAGACAGUUCCGAUGAAUCCAAUGCAACACACGGAAUUCAGAAUAUUAUCAGUGAGGAGUUAGAAAAGACGGUUAUGAACGGUGAAGAAUCUGAAUUGACAGUUGAACCCAAGAAUUGUAAAAAAUUUUAUUUAGAGGAAAGUUGUAGAACGAGUAAUAAUGCACCUAGGACAUAUUUUGCCGGGAAGAGGAGAAUAUUAGCUGACGGUGGAGUUAAAUGUGGACCACAUAUUCCACAAGGAAGGAAUCAUGUACCGCCUUAUAAUAAUGAAUACCAUCCACAGCAUGUCGGAGGAGGUAAUAGUAGAGGUGUGUAUCCAAAUAAUUAUGGGCCAAACGUUAUAGUGCAGAGAAAUGCUCCUGGUCCGGGGGGAGCCUAUGAUAAUCAAUUUAAUGGCGUAGCGAAAGUAUUAUCAGAUUGUAAGGACACAUGGGGAUCACAGUUCCAGGGAGUAAAAAAGUUUCUUACAGAUUAUACACCACUUGGAGAGUUACCAUUACUUGGAGUGAAGAAAAUUAUAUCGGAUUGCAAAGAUUUGGGAGAGUUACCAUUACUUGGAGUGAAGAAAAUUAUAUCGGAUUGCAAAGAUUUGGGAGAGUUACCAUUACUUGGAGUGAAGAAGAUUAUAUCAGAUUGUGUGGAUGUUUGUGAAUCUCAGGUUAACGGCGUGAAACAGUUUUUAACAGAUGGUAUGGACAAUCACGGUCCUCAAUUAGUUCAAAAUGGAAGAAACCGUCCUCAUCACAAUGGCUACUACGGAAAUCAGCACACAGGAGGAAGAGCAGGACCACCAACAGGAGCAGGAGGAAGAAGUGAACCACAUUAUAGUGGUAAUCACCAAUAUCGAAAUGCAGGAGAUGGACCGAAUCGGUCACAUUACAAGGACUCUUAUGCAGAACACUAUGGAAAUCUAGGGGGAAGUGCGCCUCAUUCUAAUGAACACAAGAAUUCGCAUUAUGGAGAGGGGAAUAAAGGCCAGUCUUAUAAUAAUAAACCUUACGAUGAACAGCACUACGCAGGAGGAAAUGUAGCCCAAUAUGAUAAUAGUUACGAAUCGCAUUACACAGGUGGGGACGCCGACCAACCCAGUAAUAGUGGCUAUUACAGUGAACAGCACUACUCAGGAGGAAAUGUACCCGAAUAUGACAAUAGCUACGAAUCGCAAUAUACAGGUGGGGACAGCAACGAACCCAGUAAUAGUGGCUAUUACAGUGAACAGCACUACUCAGGAGGAAAUGUACCCGAAUAUGACAAUAGCUACGAAUCGCAAUAUACAGGUGGGGACGGCAACGAAACCAGUAAUAGUGGCUAUUACAGUGAACAGGACUACUCAGGAGGAAAUGUACCCCAAUAUGACAAUAGCUACGAAUCGCAGUAUACAGGUGGGGAGACCAAUCAUCCCAAUAAUAAUGGCUAUUACAGUGAACAGUACUACUCAGGAGGAAAUGAAACCCAAUAUGAUAAUACCUACGAAUCGCAGUAUACAGGUGAGGACGCCAACCAACCCGGUAGUAACGGCUAUUACAAUCAACAGUACUACGCAGGAGGAAAUGUACCCCAAUAUGAUAAUAGCUACGAAUCGCAUUACACAGGUGGGGACGCCAACCAAUCCGGUAGUAACGGCUAUUACAGUGAACAGCACUACGCAGGAGGAAAUGUAGCCCAAUAUGACAAUAGCUACGAAUCGCAGUAUACAGAUGGGGACGCCAACCAAUCCGGUAGUAACGGCUAUUACAAUCAACAGUACUACUCAGGAGGAAAUGUAGCCCAAUAUGACAAUAGCUACGAAUCACAGUAUACAGGUGGGGACGGCAAGGAACCCAGUAAUAAUGGCUAUUACGAAGCCCCAUAUGCUGGUGAAGAGGCAAAUGCAACACAUUAUGAGGGCACUGCUGGAUCGGACCAUGAACAGACGGAACAGAGCACAUGUGGAUAUACUCAGAAUUAUGACCCCGAACAGGUGGACCUACAAAGUUACACGUAUGGUGCGAAAAAUUAUGGUCCUAAACAGGGAGAGCCACAAAGUAACCCUUCUUACGAGCCAAAGAACUAUGAACGCAAGUUUAAAAUAUCGAAAUUCGAAAUGCCAAGUGUUAGAGAUUGUGCUAAAAAGGGAACCCCCGAUUUGAGAGCAGAAAAAAAGGUGACAGAAAAUAAACAGGAUUUAGAGUCAAAGAACUUUGGACCCAAAGUUAUACUAUCGAACGUGGAAGUGCCAAGUGUUAGGGAUUGUGAUAAAAAGGGAACCCCCGAUUUGAGAGCAGAAAAAAAGGUGACAGAAAAUAAACAGGAUUUAGAGUCAAAGAACUUUGGACCCAAAGUUAAACUAUCGAAAGUGGAAGUGCCCAGUGUUAGAGAUUGCGCUAAAAAGGGAACACCGGAUUUGAGAGCAGAAAAAAAGGUGACAGAAAAUAAGCAGGAUUUAGCACCAAAGAACUUUGGACCCAAAGUUAAACUAUCGAAAGUGGAAGUGCCCAGUGUUAGAGAUUGCGCUAAAAAGGGAACACCGGAUUUGAGAGCAGAAAAAAAGGUGACAGAAAAUAAACAGGAUUUAGAGUCAAAGAACUUUGGACCAAAAGUUAAGCUAUCGAACGUGGAAGUGCCAAGUGUUAGAGAUUGCGCUAAAAAGGGAACACCCGAUUUGAGAGCAGAAACUAAACAGGAUUUAGGACCAAAGAACUUUGGACCCAAAGUUAAACUAUCGAACGUGGAAGUGCCAAGUGUUAGGGAUUGUGCUAAAAAGGGAACCCCCGAUUUGAGAGCAGAAAAAAAGGUGACAGAAAAUAAACAGGAUUUAGAACCAAAGAACUUUGGACCCAAAGUUAAACUAUCGAAAGUGGAAGUGCCCAGUGUUAGAGAUUGCGCUAAAAAGGGAACACCCGAUUUGAGAGCAGAAAAAAAGGUGACAGAAAAUAAACAGGAUUUAGAGUCAAAGAACUUUGGACCAAAAGUUAAGCUAUCGAACGUGGAAGUGCCAAGUGUUAGAGAUUGCGCUAAAAAGGGAACACCCGAUUUGAGAGCAGAAAAAAAGGUGACAGAAAAUAAGCAGGAUUUAGCACCAAAGAACUUUGGACCCAAAGUUAAACUAUCGAACGUGGAAGUGCCAAGUGUUAGAGAUUGUGCUAAAAAGGGAACACCCGAUUUGAGAGCAGAAACUAAACAGGAUUUAGGACCAAAGAACUUUGGACCCAAAGUUAAACUAUCGAACGUGGAAGUGCCAAGUGUUAGGGAUUGUGCUAAAAAGGGAACCCCCGAUUUGAGAGCAGAAAAAAAGGUGACAGAAAAUAAACAGGAUUUAGAGCCAAAGAACUUUGGACCGAAAGUUAAACAAUCGAAAGUGGAAGUGCCCAGUGUUAGAGAUUGCGCUAAAAAGGGAACACCGGAUUUGAGAGCAGAAAAAAAGGUGGCAGAAAAUAAACAGGAUUUAGGGCCAAAACUAGUACAGGAAAAAAAUAAAUUUGAUGAAAAAAAGAGUAACACCUCACCGAUAGGAUCACCUAAUGUCCCAAGAUUACGUAGUAGGGGUAGUUCCCAGUCAGGAAUUACUGGAGGGGAAAAAUCUAUGGCAAGCCCUAGAAAGAACGUCAAUUCGGGAAACACUACUAUAAGGAAAGAUAUAUCUGGCAGUAAAACGGUUCAAGCAGGGGAAAGUGCAAAAUCUGGUGGUAAGGGCACUCACGAUUUGCCUAGUUCUAGCUUAAAGAAAAAUACGUCUGACGGCAAACAAAAUGUUGAAGCAGGGAAGGAUAAAACGAAACAUGUGGCAAGUGGAAGUAAGGACAGGCUCCGUUUGCCAAAUAAGUCAAUGGAAAAAAAAACAGUGGAGAAAAAACAGCACUAUGAUUCAAAAAUCGAGAAGACAAAAAAUAAAGCGACGAGACCUACGGAAAAUUCUCAAAUGCCCAACACAGUGCUGAAAAGAAAACCUCCCGAUGGUAAACCACGUCUUGAUUCCAAGGCGGAUACAAAGGACAAUAAGAAAACUGGAAGUAAGGAAAAGGUACAGGUACAAAAUACAGGAGUGCGAAAAAAGGCAUCGGACACUAAACUGAAUGCUGGUGCGAAGAAUGAUAAAAAUUGUACCACGGAAGGAGGAAGCAAAGAGAAAGCACCUCAGAUGACAGAACGAAAAAAAAGUUCAACAAAGGGUAGGAUCAAUUCUGAGGGGAAAACGUGCAAACCAGAAAGCAAGGCUACAGGGAAUAAGGAUAAUGCGACAGUGAAUAAUGCAUUAUUAAAAAAGAACCCAUCGCAAUAUAAAAAACAUUGUGAAUUGAAGGAAGCGAAUUCAAAACAUAGUUCAAGUAAUACAAAAAUCGAUGGGUCUAAGAAUAAAGAAUUAAAAUGUGAUGUAUCACGUGGUGGCACUGUGGGUAGUGCUUCAAAUAAGAAAUUGAAUAGCCCCCAUGGGGGUGCGUCGGGAACAAAUCGAAGGAGAAGCAAUCGUCUAAGGAAUUGA